GAGCGGACCACUCGCUGCAGUCACACACACACACACAGCGCAGCGAUCGCGCAGUGGGAGACGAAACAACGCAUCAGAGGUAACACAUCGGCCGCUGCUUCUCUUUCCCCCUUUCGAGAGCAUUAUCUGUGUCCUGGCUGGGCUGCGCUGACCUUGGAGUACUUGAAAGUGCAGAGGGAGUGCUGCAUGUUCUAAAAUGGUAACAAGCUCCUUGCUGAGAAGUUGUGGUGAGCAGGAGCACCAGCCAUGGUGCUGAUUCUGGGACGACGUAUGAACAGAGAUGACAGUCGCUUCCGUGACUCGCCAGUGACCAAGCGCAAGGUCUUUGAAGUGGACCAGAAGCUGGCUGUGAACCAAGAUAUUUUUGACUUCUCAUCGGGCUCCUCCCACGCGGAGAGCAUCCUACAGAUCCUCAAUGAAUUCCGAGACAGCCGUCUCUUCACUGAUGUGGUUAUCUGCGUGGAAGGUCGGGAGUUCCCCUGCCACCGCGCUGUCCUCUCGUCCUGCAGUAGCUACUUCAGGGCUAUGUUCUGCAAUGACCACCGUGAGAGCAGAGAGAUGCUGGUGGAGAUCAACGGGAUCUUUGCCGACGCCAUGGAUCAGUUCUUGCAGUACGUCUACACCGGGAAGGUGAAGAUCACCACGGACAACGUGCAGUACCUCUUUGAGACCUCCAGCUUGUUCCAGAUCAGUGCCAUCCGAGAUGCAUGUGCCAAGUUCCUGGAGGAGCAACUUGACCCAUGCAAUUGCCUUGGCAUCCAGAAGUUUGCGGACACUCACUCAUUGAAGGUGCUUCAGUCCAAGUGCAAGAGCUAUGCCCUGCAGGUAUUUCCAGAUGUUUCUCAGCAUGAGGAGUUCCUGGAAAUGGAGAAGGAUGAGCUCAUCGACUAUGUCUGCAGGGAUGAAUUGGCCGUCAGUAAAGAAGAGAUCGUGUUUGAGUCAGUAAUGCGCUGGAUCUAUCACGACAUGGAGCGUAGAAGGCCCAUAAUGAAAGAGCUAUUGACCCAUGUCAGGCUCCCUCUACUGCAUCCAAAUUACUUUGUUCAGACAGUAGAAGGGGACCAGUUGAUCCAGAACUCCCCUGACUGCUACCAGCUCCUCCACGAGGCAAGGAGGUACCACGUGCUCGGCAAUGAGAUGAUGUCACCGAGAACCAGGCCCCGCAGGUCCACCGGUUAUUCUGAGGUUAUUGUGGUGGUAGGUGGGUGUGAGCGGGUAGGAGGCUUUAAUUUGCCCUACACCGAAUGUUAUGACCCAAUGACUGGUGAAUGGAAGUCGCUGGCCAAACUCCCAGAAUUUACCAAAUCUGAAUACGCAGUAUGUGCCCUGAGGAAUGACAUUCUUGUGUCAGGUGGCAGAAUCAACAACCGUGAUGUGUGGAUGUACAACUCCCAACUCAACAUCUGGAUGCGAGUGGCCUCCUUAAACAAAGGUCGAUGGCGUCACAAGAUGGCUGUCCUGCUUGGCAAGGUCUACGCUGUCGGGGGUUAUGAUGGUCAAAACCGCCUGAGCAGUGUAGAGUGCUAUGACUCGUUCUCCAACCGCUGGACAGAGGUUGAACCACUCAAAGAAGCGGUGAGCUCCCCCGCUGUCGUCAGCUGUGUCAAUAAACUCUUUGUGAUCGGAGGAGGACCUGAUGACAACACGUGCUCUGAUAAGGUUCAAUGUUAUGAUCCAGUGACUGAUCUCUGGCAGCUUCGCUCCUGCAUUCCUAUUGCUAAGCGAUGCAUCACUGCCGUGGCUCUGAACAAUCUUGUGUAUGUGGCAGGCGGUCUGACCAAGUGCUUAUUCUGCUACGACCCAGCAGAGGACUACUGGAUGCAUGUUGUGACUACGUUCAGUAGACAGGAGAGCUGUGGCAUGUCAGUGUGUAAUGGCAGGAUUUACAUCCUGGGUGGCAGAGGAGAAUAUGGAGAAGCUUCUGACACCAUCACUUGCUACGAUCCAGCUACAGGAAUCAUUACAGCGAUGGCAGCCAUGCCUAGAGCUAUCUCUUACCAUGGCUGUGUGACAAUCCACAGAUACAAUGAUAAAUACAGACCCUGAGCAAGGAACCUCAGCACCAGCAUCACAUGCCUUGUCAUAAAAAAUACUCUCACCCAACAGUGUCUUUCGGAGCUUCAAGAGUGCCUCGACACAUUUUAAAGUAGAUGUCUUUAGCAAAACCCUCAAAGUAGCCAUCUUUUUCUUUUUUAAAUUUUAUUGCAAAGUACGUUCUGUUAUGGCAGUAAAGUUAUGGUGCAGUGAAUGGUUCUUGUGAUGUUAAAAUGCACAAUGACCUGAUGCCAUUGCACCAUCACAAUGCUCUUUGCACGUAGAGUGCCUCCAGCAUCAUCUAGUUGGAUGUUUUGUUGUCUACUGCACAUUAAGGCCAUGUCACAGACUCUCUAGAUCCAAUUGAAGAUUCAGUAACCUCAGUCUAACCCACUAUUUUUGCAAUGGUAAAAUGAUUUUUCUGUCACCUUACUGAUGUAGCUGGUGAUUCAGAAACCGUUGCUUGCAGUUUGUUCUAACAGUGGAGGGAGGUCUUCAUUUUGAUUUGGUUACUACAUAUUCUAGAGAUGUUAUGAACCAAAGAGACAGAGCCCUCUUUGACCUCAUGGCGGGGACUUUAACAACAAAGACUUUGGAUUUCUUUGGUGACUUUGGGCUGGUGGUGCUACGGGAAAGCAGAGCAGUGGAGACUCUGGUUGAUAAACUCCUUUCUAGUUAUUUAGUCUUUGUGAGAGCUUCAAACACUACGUAACUUAACACACGUCUUCAAGUGGAUUACAUGAGACUUCAGACCUGACUACCUUGAGUGUUGUGAUGGGCUCAGGGAGGAGCUGUCUUGCUCUCAGUGAUGGGAUGAUGCACAUAAUUCCACACGAUGAGAAGAAAGUGCACAUUUCCUAGAAUUUCACCCCAAUGCUGAGUCUCUUCAUUCUUUUUGUGUCUUUGAGUAAAUCGCUCUAAAUCGAGUUUGUUUGCUUCAAUCCCUCUGGUGCUGCAGUUAGAUUGUAGAGAUUGUGACCAAUCAGGGUUACAUUACAAAACAUAUCUGUAGUCGAGGUUCCCUCUAACAUUUUCUAUUGGUACUGAGUGGACAGAUUAUGGUGAUAUUUAGAAGUACAAAUAAUAACCAAAUAACAAAUUACAUGCUAUAUCAUCCCUACAAUGAGGAUAGUGAAGGUUGUUGAACUUGAUUCUGGGAACUUAUACCCCAGUGUAAUGGGACUCUGAGUGUACCAGAUAAUCCUACAGGCAUCAGCACUAUACACAAGUAGGGAGGGAGCUGUGUGAAUCACCACUAUCCCAGGGCAAGAGGGUGCCAGGUCUCAAUGUCUGUGGAAAUGCUGGUAUCACUGUCUGACCGGGGAGUGCCGCUCACUGCUGUAGACAGGUGAAGGUUACCAACCCCUGCUGUACCCAGCACUAGGGGAGUCAUGUAUGUGAGCAGAGGAGGGUAGUAGCACCUGCCACUGUAUAUAGGUGCUGAGAUGCCAGCCACUGCUGUAAGCAGAUACAAGGAUGUGCCAGCCAUCACUUUACACAGACACAGAAAAACCUCUCACCAUUAUAAGAGGCUCCUGCACCUUUGCAUUCCAGAAUACAAAAUGUGAACAUAUUUAGUUGAAAGAAAUAGUAUUAUCCACACAUUUAUACCCUGUGACAUGUAUACUGUGUAAGUCAUGUACCUUUUAUGUAUGCUCCUAUACCUAGUAUGGGUUACAUACAUAGUGUGGUAUAUACCAAAUAGUAUAUAUAUAAUAAUAAUAAUUAUUAUUCAAUAGUAUAUA